UUCACACAGCAAUUCGUGAUGGAGUCACUUCUAAAAGACCUCAAGAAACAUGUAACAUGCUCGAUUUGUUUGGAUACUUACACCAAACCGAAGACCAUUGCUUGUCUUCAUACGUUCUGCUGUAAAUGCCUGGAGAGACAUGCACUAACGAGCAAAAAACAAGGGUUUUAUCGAUGCCCCGAGUGUCAGGCACAAAUUGGCAUCCCUGAAGGAAAGCGUUUUGAUAAUCUGCCCAGCAGUUUUCUGCACAACAGUUUGUUGAGUCUUCUCGCCAUUCGACGCAGCGGCGAGGGAGAUGAAAUCAGCUGUAGUACAUGCCAGAAGAAGAGCGCUGAGAUCAACCACUGCUUUGACUGCGAGAAGUUUAUGUGCCCAGAAUGUGUGAAAGCACACGAAGUAUUUCGAGAAACUUUGUUUCAAGGACACAAAGUCACACCAGUGCGACAGUUUCAAGCCACAGACUACGAGGCGUUGUUGAAACGGCAGUCAUUUUGCACCGUUAAUUAUCACGAGAAAGAAGUAACAAAGUUUUUCUGUGUGGGCUGUCAAAGCUGCGUGUGUCAGAUUUGCAUCGCCACUGAUCACAAGAGCCACGAUGUUGUUCCGCUUGAAAAGGCAGCGGACGAUGAAAAAGCAAACAUCAUUGCCAGAGCAAGGCUGGUCAAAGAGAUGAAAGAGGUCUGCCGAGGUGUUAUUCGUGAACUUGAAAACACGGAAAAUGAGUUGGAAACGAACAUUACCACAGCUAAACGCCAGGUUUCCCAAGCAACCGAACAGAUGAUGGGAAAGCUUCGCCAACUGGAACGUGAAGCCAUUACUGCCCUAGAGAACACUCGCGUGUCAAGGAUUGAGAAAUUACAUUCUGGAAAAGCAUCGGUUUUCUCUUUGGAAAAGCAACUUGACCAAGCAUUUGAGUUCAGUAACAACCUGGUUGAGAGAAGCUCAAGUUCAGACAUAAUGCUAAACAAGAAAAAUCUAGAAGAACGAAUCAAAGACCUCAUCGAGACCACAAUGCCUGCACUUCCGGUUAGCUCGUGUGUGGAGUUUGUGUCGACAUGUGAACCAGAGAGUUUGAGUCUGGGAUUUACGAAGUUCAGCAAGACAGAUGUGCAAGGAUCGACCGUGGAAGGACUGGAUCAGAAUUUCCAAGCUGGUGUAGAGGCAGAGCUACUAAUUUGUCUCAAAUCAAGCGAAGGAGAAAUCAGUAACACUCAGCACACAGAUCGUGUUGAAAUACACAUAGACCCUGCGGAUCAGGUGAGCAGUUUGGUGACGAGUGAAAAAGAAGAUGGAAAUUUCCAAGCAAAAUUUGUA